AUGGAUUUCAUUUGUGGAUUUCCUAAGGUAGAUGACAAAGCAUCGAUAAUGGUGGUAGUAGAUAGGUUCUUAAAAUAUUCUGUUAUCAUUGUUGCACCUGAAUUGUGUUCAUAUCAGAUUGCUGUUGAUUUAUUCUAUAAAUAUGUGGUUAAAUACUUUGGUGUUCCAGCCGACAUUAUUGCAAGUAAGACUAGGCAUCGAGGCUUGAUUCCUAAGUGUGAUGGUCCAUUUGAAGUGGUGAAACGAGUGGGCAAAGUUGCAUAUAGGUUGAACCUACCAAAAAGAUUAAAGAUUCAUCCCACUUUUCAUUUGAGUUUCUUGAAACCUUACUUUGCAUAUCAUCUACCGGACAAGAACAAAUCAAAGUGGGAUCCUCUAUCAGUACCUACACAGUUUGAUGCUGAAAUUGAGAAGAUCCUUGAUCAUUGGGUUUUGGGCACAAGUAAAAAGAAUACAAAGAUAGAAUUCUUGAUAGAUUGGAAAGGCGAGAGUGCAGCUGAUACAGUUUGGGAGAAAUCAAAGGACUUAUGA